AUGGGUAAUAACUAUGAUGAAUCUAAAUGUGAAAAACUCAUUGAUUCUCUUUAUCAAUGUUGUUUCAAAUUCUAUAAAGAAAAUGGAGACGAUGCUAAAUCUCCAUGUUGUCCCAAACCAAACUUACUUCAUCUGAAAAUGGAACAAAGAGGAUUGAACCAAACAGAUGAUGAUAGUAAUGCUACGUAA